AUGGCAGGCUACGGCAAUGUCAACGCGCCCGACCUCUCCCCCUCCGACCUGGAAACCCAACACUCAGAAACCCGCUUCGGCCGCGACGACUCCCACCCUUACUCCAACCCGCACGAGACGUAUGGCAGCGGGACCACAGGCGGCGCUGGCUUCGAACCACGAGGCAACAAAUCCGCCUCCGACGCCCCCAUCGACACGGACAAUUCGCACUUCCGCUUCGGCAGCCACCAGGACACGUCACCGUACAGCGGGGGCACGCGGCACGGCAGCGGCAGCACGGGGGGUGCGGGGUAUGGGAACAAGACGGGGAGUUUCUCUAAGACGAACGACUCUACGCUAGGGAAGGUAAUAGAGAAGGUGGGACAUGUGGUCAAGAACGAGGGACUGGUGGAGAAGGGACAUAAGAAACGGGUCGAGGCGGGGUUGGGGAGGUCGGAGGGCGAGUUGGAGGGGAAGUAUGAGGCGAACUAG